GACUACACUGUGAUGUUUGUUGUACUCAUGUUUAAAAGAUUCAGAACCUCAGACUCUUUGCUCAGUUUGCUCAUCAAAGCUCCCAAAUGGGGGUUCAAAAGGCAGCUCUUUUAUUCAGCCUUUUCUUCUUCUCAGCUGCAGAAGAUUGUUUUCACUGCACUGGAGAUGACUACAGAGGCAAGAUCUCCAUCACUGAGAGUGGAUACACCUGCCAACGCUGGGACUCUCAGACACCACACAAACAUGAAUUCAUCCCUUCAGCUUUUCCAGUGAAGUUCUUGGAAGAGAACUACUGCAGGAACCCUGAUAGACUGCACAUGCCCUGGUGCUAUACAACAAAUCCAUCCAAACGCUGGGAAUUCUGCUCUGUUCCUCGAUGCACAACAGAACCGCCCACAGUUGUGCCAGAGCUCACCUGUUUUACCGGAGAAGGACGCUCCUACAGGGGCACAAUUUCUGUGACUAAAUCAGGGAAAACCUGUCAGAAAUGGACAUCCCAAACACCUCACAAACAUGGCAGAACUCCAGAGAAUAACCAAUGCAAAGGUCUUGAAGAAAAUUACUGCAGGAAUCCUGAUGAUGAGAACGCACCCUGGUGUUACACCACAGACCCUGAAACCCGUUGGGAAUUCUGCAAUGUGCCCAGUUGUGGAGAUCAACCUCAACCUGGUCCGAAUUGGACUGCAGAGGAUUGUAUGCACUGCACUGGAGACGACUACAAAGGCAAGAUCUCCAUCACUGAGAGUGGAUACACCUGCCAACGCUGGAUCUCUCAGACACCACACAAACAUGAUUUUGUCCUUUCAAUUCUACCUGUAAAACAUUUGGAGGAGAACUACUGCAGGAACCCUGAUGGACAACCCAGGCCCUGGUGCUAUACAACAGAUCCGUCCAAACGUUGGGAACAUUGCUCUAUUCCUCAAUGCACAACUACACCACCCACAACUGUACCAGAGUUUACCUGUAUUACUGGAGAAGGACGCUCCUACAGGGGCACAAUUUCUGUAACCAAAUCAGGAAAAACCUGCCAGAAAUGGACAUCACAAACACCUCACAAGCAUUCCAGAACUCCAGAGAAUUACCUAUGCAAAGGUCUUGAAGAGAACUACUGCAGAAAUACUGAUAAUGAGAAAGCACCCUGGUGUUACACCACAGACCCUGAAACUCGCUGGGAAUACUGCAAUGUGCCCAAUUGUGAAGAUCCAUCUAGACCUGAUUGUAUGCACUGCAAUGGAGAAGACUACAGAGGCAAGAUCUCCAUCACUGAGAGUGGAUACACCUGCCAACGCUGGGACUCUCAGACACCACAUAAACAUGAUUUUGUCCUUUCAAUUUUACCUGUAAAACAUUUGGAGGAGAACUACUGCAGGAACCCUGAUGGAUCGCCCAGGCCCUGGUGUUAUACAACAAAUCCGUCCAAAAGCUGGGAAUAUUGCUCUAUUCCUCGAUGCACAACUACACCACCAACAAUUGUACCAGAGCUCACCUGUACUACUAAAGAUGGAGGCUCCUACAGGGGCACGAUUUCUGUAACCAAAUCAGGAAAAACCUGUCAGAAAUGGACAUCACAAACACCUCACAACCAUGACAGAACUCAACAGAACUACCCAUGCAAAGGUCUUGAAGAGAAUUACUGCAGGAAUCCUGAUGAAAGUGAAAGGCCCUGGUGUUACACCACAGACCCUAAGACCCGCUGGGAAUACUGCACUAUUCCCAAGUGUAAAAAUCGACAUAAACCAGAGAUUAAAGUUUCAGAAGAUUGUAUGCAGUGCAGUGGAGAAAACUACAUUGGUAAGAUCUCCACCACUGAGACUGGAUACACUUGCCAAAGUUGGGACUCCCAGAAACCCCACAGCCAUUAUUUCGUUCUUUCAAUUUUACCUGAGAAGAAUUUGGAUGAGAACUUCUGCAGGAACCCUGAUGAAUCACCCAGGCCCUGGUGCUAUACAACAAAUCCGUCCAAACGCUGGGAAUUCUGCUCAGUUCCUCGAUGCUGGACUGACCUGCUAACAUUUGUACCAGAGCACAGAUGUGCUACUGGAGCUGGACGUUCCUACAGAGGCUUAAUUUCUGUGACCGAAUCAGGGAAAACUUGCCAGAAAUGGGCAUCUCAAUCUCCUCACAUGCAUGACCAAACACCAGAGAACUACCCAUGCAAAGGUCUCAAAUGGAAUUACUGCAGAAACCCUGAUGGUAGCGAAAGGCCCUGGUGUUACACCACAGACCCUAAGACCCGCUGGGAAUACUGCAAUGUAUCCAGAUGUGAAGAUCAACCUAGACCUGCUGCAGAAGAUUGUAUGCAAUGCAAUGGAGAAGACUACAAAGGCAAGAUCUCCACCACUGAGAGUGGAUACACCUGCCAACGCUGGGACUCUCAAUCGCCACAAAAGCACGAUUACGUCCUUUCAAUCAUACAUCAGAAGCACUUGGAUGAGAACUAUUGUAGGAAUCCUGAUGGAUCCCCCAGGCCCUGGUGCUAUACAACAGAUCCAUUCAUACGUUGGGAAUACUGCUUUAUUCCUCGAUGCUGUAAGCUUUACUCCUGUCAGUCUAAAAUUACUGUGGUAAAUAUUAAGUUCAUUGAUUUUUUUUUUUCUUUAGCAACUGAAUUGCCCACUAUUGUACCAGAGCUCAUUUGUACUACUGGAGAUGGAAGCUCUUACAGGGGCAAUAUUUCUACAACUAAAACAGGAAAAACUUGCCAGAAAUGGGCAUCUCAAACUCCUCACAAGCAUGACAGAACUUCAAAGAACUACCCAUGCAAAGGUCUUGAUGAGAAUUACUGCAGGAAUCCUGAUAAUGAGAGAGCACCCUGGUGUUACACCACAGACCCUCAGACCGAGUGGGAAUACUGCAAUGUGCCCAAUUGUGGAGAUAAAACUAGACCUGAAGAUUGUAUUCACUGCACUGGAGAAGACUACAGAGGCAAGAUCUCCACCACUGAGAGUGGAUACACCUGCCAACGCUGGGACUCUCAGAUACCACACAACCAUGUUUAUGUCCCUGAAAUUUUACCUAAGAAGAACUUGGAGGAGAACUUUUGCAGGAACCCUGAUGGAUCGUCCAGGCCCUGGUGCUAUACAACAAAUCCGUCCAAACGCUGGGAAUUCUGCUCAAUUCCUCGAUGCUCAACUAAACCGCCUGCAUUUGUACCAGAGCACACCUGUGCUACUGGAGAUGGACGCUCCUACAGGGGCAUAAUUUCUGUGACCAAAUCAGGGAAAACUUGCCAAAGCUGGGAAUCUCAAACACCUCACGUGCAUUUCACGACUCCAGAAGACUUUCCAUGCAAAGGUCUUCGAGGAAACUACUGCAGAAACCCUGAUAGUAGCCGAGGGCCCUGGUGUUACACCUCAGACCCUCAGACCCGCUGGGAAUACUGCAAUGUUUCCAGAUGUGAGGAACCUGAGCCUGAAGCAGAAAAAUGUAUACACUGCAGAGGACAAGACUACAGAGGCAAGCUCUCCACAACUUCGAAUGGAUACACCUGCCAACGCUGGGAGCUUCAGACACCACACAACCAUAACUACAUCCCUUCAGAAUUACCUGGGAAGUAUUUGGAGGAGAAUUAUUGCAGGAACCCUGAUACAUCCCCCAGGCCUUGGUGCUAUACCACAGAUCCAUCCAAUCGCUGGGACUACUGCUCUAUUCAUCAAUGCAUGCUCAUCUUUUUUGUAGCAACGAAACAGGAUGUACUCACCUGUUCCACUGGGGAUGGCGUCACCUACAGGGGCACUGUUUCUGUGACUGUAUCAGGUAAAACCUGUCAGAAAUGGACAUCUAAAACUCCUCACGAGCAUUCAAUUACUAACGAGGACUACCCUUGUGGUGGUCUUGAGGAGAACUACUGCAGGAACCCUGACAGACGCAACGGUCCCUUUUGUCACACCACAGACCCCGAGACCCGCUGGGAAUACUGCAGUGUACCCAUUUGUAAAGAUCCAUCCAUACCUGCUGCAGAAGAUUGUAUGCACUGCACUGGAGAAGACUACAGAGGCAAGAUCUCCAUCACUGAGAGUGGAUACACCUGCCAACGCUGGGACUCUCAGACACCACACAAACAUGAAUUUGUCCUUUCAAUUUUACCUGUAAAACAUUUGGAGGAGAACUACUGCAGGAACCCUAAUGGAUCGCCCAGGCCCUGGUGCUUUACAACAAAUCCAUCCAAAAGCUGGGAAUACUGCUCUAUUCCUCAAUGCUCAACUACACCACCAACAAUUGUACCAGAGCUCACCUGCACUACUGGAGAUGGAGGCUCCUACAGGGGCACAAUUUCUGUGACUAAAACAGGAAAAACCUGCCAGAAAUGGACAUCGCAAAAACCUCACGAGCAUUCCAGAACUCCAGAGAAAUACCCAUGCAAAGGUCUUGAAGAGAACUACUGCAGGAAUCCUGAUAAUGCGCAAGCGCCCUGGUGUUACACCACAGACCCUGAAACCCUCUGGGAAGAAUGCAAUGUGCCCAAUUGUGAAGAUCCAUCCAAAACUGAUUGUAUGCACUGCACUGGAGAAGACUACAGAGGCAAGAUCUCCACCACUGAGAGUGGAUACACCUGUCAACGCUGGGACUCUCAGACACCACACAAACAUGAAUUUGUCCUUUCAAUUUUACCUGUAAAACAUUUGGAGGAGAACUACUGCAGGAACCCUAAUGGAUCCCCCAGGCCCUGGUGCUAUACAACAAAUCCGUCCAAAAGCUGGGAAUACUGCUCUAUUCCUCAAUGCACAACUACACCACCAACAAUUGUACCUGAGCUCACCUGCACUACUGGAGAUGGAGGCUCCUACAGGGGCAAAAUUUCUGUGACUAAAACAGGAAAAACCUGCCAGAAAUGGACAUCGCAAACACCUCAUGAGCAUUCCAGAACUCCAGAGAAAUACCCAUGCAAAGGUCUUGAAGAGAACUUCUGCAGGAAUCCUGAUAAUGCGAAAGCGCCCUGGUGUUACACCACAGACCCUGAAACCCUCUGGGAACACUGCAAUGUGCCCAAUUGUGAAGAUCCAUCUAGACCUGAUUGUAUGCACUGCACUGGAGAAGACUACAGAGGCAAGAUCAACAUCACUAAGAGUGGAUACACCUGCCAACGCUGGGACUCUCAGACACCACACAGCCAUGAUUUUGUCCUUUCAAUUUUACCUGGGAAACAUUUGGAGGAGAACUACUGCAGGAACCCUGAUGGACAGCCCAGGCCCUGGUGCUAUACAAUAAAUCCAUCCAAACGCUGGGAAUACUGCUCUAUUCCUCAAUGCACAACUACACCACCAACAAUUGUACCAGAGCUCACCUGUACUACUGGAGAUGGAGGCUCCUACAGGGGCAAGAUUUCUGUGACCAAAUCAGGGAAAACCUGCCAGAAAUGGACAUUGCAAACACCUCACAAGCAUUCCAAAACUCCAGAGAACUACCCAUGCCAAGGUCUUGACGAGAAUUACUGCAGGAAUCCUGAUAAUGAGAAAGCACCUUGGUGUUACACCACAGAUCCUGAAACCCGCUGGGAAUACUGCAAUGUGCACAGUUGUGGAUCUCAACCUGAAGAUUGUAUGCACUGCAGAGGAGAUGACUACAGAGGCAAAAUCUCCAUCACUGAGAGUGGAUACAUCUGCCAACGCUGGGACUCUCAGAUACCACACAAACAUGAUUUUGUUCUUUCAAUUUUACCUGGGAAACAUUUGGAGGAGAACUACUGCAGGAACCCUGAUGGACAGCCCAGGCCCUGGUGCUAUACAACAAAUCCAUCCAAACGCUGGGAAUACUGCUCUAUUCCUCAAUGCACAACAAAGCCACCCCCAAUUGUACCAGAGCUCACCUGUAUUACCGGAGGAGGAAGAUCCUACAGGGGCAGGAUUUCUUUGACCAAAUCAGGGAAAACCUGCCAGAAAUGGACAUCGCAAACACCCCACAACCAUGACAGAACCCCAGAAAACUACCUAUGCAAAGGUCUUGAUGAGAACUACUGCAGGAAUCCUGAUAAUGAGAACGCACCCUGGUGUUACACCACAGACCCUGAAACCCGUUGGGAAUACUGCAGUGUGCCCAGUUGUGGAGAUCAACCUCAAUCUGAUUGUAUGCACUGCACUGGAGAAGACUACAGAGGCAAGAUCUCCAUCACUGAGAGUGGAUACACCUGCCAACGCUGGGACUCUCAAACACCACACCAACAUGACUACACCCCUGCAGCUUUCCCGGGAAAGUUCUUGGAGGAGAACUACUGCAGGAACUCUGAUGGACAGCCCAGGCCCUGGUGCUAUACAACAAAUCCAUCCAAACGCUGGGAAUUCUGCUUCAUUCCUCAAUGCACAACAAAGCCACCCCCAAUUGUACCAGAGCUCACCUGUAUUACUGGAGAAGGACGCUCCUACAGGGGCAGGAUUUCUGUGACCAAAUCAGGGAAAACCUGCCAGAAAUGGACAUCACAAACACCCCAUAACCAUGACAGAACCCCAGAAAACUACCUAUGCAAAGGUCUUGAAGAGAAUUACUGCAGGAAUCCUGAUAAUGAGAAAGCGCCCUGGUGUUACACCACAGACCCUGAAACCCGUUGGGAAUACUGCAGUGUGCCCAGAUGUGGAGAUCAACCUCAAUCUGCUGCAGAAGAUUGUAUGCACUGCACUGGAGAUGACUACAGAGGGGAGAUCUCCAUCACUGAGAGUGGAUACACCUGCCAACGCUGGGACUCUCAGACACCACACAAACAUGAUUUUGUCCAUUCAAUGUUACCUGGGAAUCAUUUGGAGGAGAACUACUGCAGGAACCCUGAUGGACAGCCCAGGCCCUGGUGCUAUACAACAGAUCUGUCCAAACGCUGGGAAUAUUGCUCUAUUCCUCAAUGCACAACUACACCACCCAGAACUGUACCAGAGCUCACCUGUAUUACUGGAAAAGGACGCUCCUACAGGGGCAAGAUUUCGAUAACCAAAUCAGGGAAAACCUGCCAGAAAUGGACAUUGCAAACACCUCACAACCAUGACAGAACUGAAGAGAACUACCCAUGCAAAGGUCUUGAAGAGAACUACUGCAGGAAUCCUGAUAACGAAAGAGCGCCCUGGUGUUACACCACAGACCCUGAAACCCGCUGGGAAUACUGCAAUGUGCACAGUUGUGAAGAUCCAUCUAGGCCUGCUGCAGAAGAUUGUAUGCACUGCACUGGAGAAGAUUACAGAGGCAAGAUCUCCAUCACUGAGAGUGGAUACACCUGCCAACGCUGGGACUCUCAAACACCACACAAACAUGAUUUUGUCCUUUCAAUUUUACCUGGGAAACAUUUGGAGGAGAACUACUGCAGGAACCCUGAUGGACAGCCCAGGCCCUGGUGCUAUACAACAGAUCCGUCCAAACGUUGGGAAUACUGCUCUAUUCCUCGAUGCUCAACUACACCACCAACAAUUGUACCAGAGCUCACCUGUACUACUGAAGCUGGAGGCUCCUACAGGGGCACAAUUUCUGUGACCAAAACAGGGAAAACCUGCCAGAAAUGGACAUCGCAAACACCUCACAACCAUGACAGAACUCAAGAGAAAUACCCAUGCAAAGGUCUUGAUGAGAAUUACUGCAGGAAUCCUGAUAAUGAGAAAGCGCCCUGGUGUUACACCACAGACCCUGAAACCCGCUGGGAAUACUGCAAUGUGCCCAGUUGUGAAGAUCAACCUCAACCUGGUCUGAAAUGUGGACAAUCGGCAAUAAAACCUAAACAUUGCCUUGGAAUGCGAGUUGUUGGGGGAUGCGUUUCCAAACCACACUCCUGGCCUUGGCAGAUCAGUCUUCGAAUCGGCAAAAGUCAUCAUUGUGGUGGAACUCUAAUUGAUUCAAAGUGGGUCCUAACUGCAGCUCAUUGCAUUGAUUGGCCUCAGACGCCAUCUGUUUACAAGAUCUUCCUUGGAAUCCACACAAAAAACGCAGAAGAAACCACCAAACAAGAACGAGAUGUUUCUAAGAUUGUUAUGGGACCAUCUGAAACUGACAUUGCUCUUCUCAAGUUAAAAAGGCCUGCAGUGAUAAACGAUAAGGUUUCAAUUGCUUGUCUACCAGAAAAAGACUACAUUGUACCAGAUGCUACAGACUGCUUUGUAACAGGUUGGGGAAACACACGGGGAACUGGUGGAGAGGGUUACUUGAAAGAAGCUGGUUUGCCAGUAAUUGAAAAUACAAUCUGCAACAGUUCACCGUUUUUGGAUGGCCGUGUAAAGGAGCAUGAGAUGUGUGCAGGAAACAUAGAAGGUGGAGCGGACAGUUGUCAGGGUGACAGCGGUGGGCCUCUCGUAUGCCAAGCCCAGAACAAGUUUGUUCUUCAGGGUGUGACAUCAUGGGGGAUUGAUUGUGCUAAAGCAAAGAAACCUGGAGUCUAUGCCCGCGUCUCUAAGUUUGUUGACUGGAUUGAACAAAGCAUGAAAGAAAACUAAAAAAAAGUUAGAUUUUAAACCAAAAUAUGAUAUGGAUGCCAUAGUUAAAGGUCCUGAUUAAAAAAUGUGAAAAACA